CCGAUUUUUUUAUUUUGGGUCUCCCACCUGAAAACCAUUCACGUCUGAGCACGACUCGCGAGUCACAAGACUCACGACACCCUGGCCUCUUUCUGCGCUCAAGCCUCCGACCUUCCGAUUGUUCUUCCUUUGAACCCUGCUCCGUGGUUCUUUUCGUUCUUGGGAAGAGAAGAAACGAAAGAUUAUGAGGAAGCAGGGCUGCCCCUCCUCCGCUUUACCUCUGGUUCAUCUUCUCCUGCUUCUCACUCUGUUCUUCGUAGCCAAGGAUGGUGGCAUUGUUAGAUUUGCAGAGGGAGGGAAGAGAAGGGUUCAUAUCCCAGACGAACUGGACGACGUGAUCGAUAACGAAGAGGACGAGGCCUGGAGGCAAUGGGGUAAAAAAUCUAGCCCAUCUCAAGAUUCCGAAUUUGACCCUCCUCCGGAUUUCGCUGCGAUGGAUCCGUCAAAGAUUCAAGCAGAAAUGUUGAAGCGGCAAACUGGCCCCUCCUAUGGUUUCGUCAAGCUCCGAUUAGGUGUUCGACGUUCGCCGGAAAUGGUCGGGGAGAUUGCUAUGAAAUGGACCAAAGUUCUCAAGACCGGAUCCGUUGAGGUCAAUUUCAUGACUGUUGAUACCAGUACCAUAAUGUUCACCAUGCAAAGAGGGAAGGACACAACAGAGUUGAAAGAAUUUGUACUGAGUCAACCAGAGGCAUAUGAGAUCAAGAUAGGUGAUAAUGUCUUCCGGAGACCUGGAGAUCCUCCUCUAGAGGAAGUUCUAGAGAAGCUUCAUGCUGAGAAGAGUGGAGCCCAUGAUUACAGUUCUACAGAGUCUUCAGAGCAACUGAAAUCUGAUGAGCUAUAGUAUUUCUGAUGAAUCAAAUUAAAUGUUUCCAGCUUAGUGCGUUCAAUUUGCUUAUUCUUUGUCAGUUUGAUUCAGUUCAGUAGUUCAUGUAUUGUAAACUUCAUUUGAUUCAGAAGAUCAUGAAAGCUAGCUGUUUUAUGACAAUUUUGAUCCUCAAUGAAACUGAUCAAAGAAUUCAUAGCA